GUUGUCUGUCCCUCUUGCACAAAUAAGAUGGAGGUACUGCUGUGAAUUGGAAAGUAUUUCUCUUUGUUUACGUGUCGAUUUUGUCGUACGAUUGUUAUAUUCGUCGAAUCAAAAUUUACCCAUUUUAUGGAAUUAAUUCAAAGAAGACCUCUCUCAGUUUUGUUAAGAACUAUAUGAAAUGAAUAACGGAGAAAUUGGAGGAUCCAGAGGCAGAGGCCGUGGUUGGCAACCUGAUAACCAGCCACGGGAGCUUCGCCGGCCUAGGAUCGUCAACGACGAUGCCAAAGUGACUACUGAGGCACCUAAAUCGAAGCUGUCAGCUGAGGCUAAGGAAUGGUACCCCCCUAACUAUACACCCCAAGCGACACCAGCUUAUGCUGCUGAUCCAGCCCCAUAUCGGCUGCCCCGCUUCUCUGUGCAAGACAGACUCCGGCAAGCCCAGGAUCAGAACAGAUACAACUUUGAUCAAAUGUCAUAUUCUCUUGAAGAAGCUGAAAAUAUGGAUAUAAGGGAGAACAUUGCUAACUUGAUUACUGUCAUGUGUGAGAUAACAUUCGACCCUGGCAAGUUCGACACCCUGUGUGGACCACUUGUUGAUUCAUUUGCUUCCACUCUGCACGAUACAAACUACACUAGAGCUCUAGUGGAGGCAAUUGUCAAUCAGUCUAUCGGAGAGGCAAACUUCCGAUACAAUGGCGCCCGGCUAUGUUCGAUGUACGACUCUGUGGCACCUCCAGAGGAGUCUAAGUUUCGAGCCUGCUUGUUGGAGCGCUGCUCGUCUGAGGAGAACAAGAUCAUAAGCGGAGUGGAGACUUCCGAAGAGAAUAUGAGAGGGUUUGCCAUGUUCCUCGCUGAGAUAUACACUCAGCUUGAAGACAACCAGGGAGGCAGAAUCAAGACUUUAGGAGAGAGUCUCUGUAAGGUGCUACUGCACUUGUUGGACACCGACAAGGAAGUGAACAUCAAAGCAGUUUGCCAGCUCCUGAAACUGUCGGGCAUAGCGCUGGACGCGGACUGCCCGGCGGGCAUGCACGCGGCGUUCGAGCGACUCAAGCUGCGCUCGCAGCUGGGCUGCGUGCGCGGCGUGCUGGCUCUGCGCGCCGCGCGCUGGGGGCUCGCCGAGCCCGAGCCCGAGCCCGCCACGCCGCCGCUCAGAUAUACAGUAACAGCGAACGGGACCCUAGAAGGUACGAACGAGGGCGGGUACCUAGCGGACGGGCACGCGCUGACGGCGGAGGAGGCCGCCUUCCUGCAGAACAACCUGCCGCCCGCCAAGGCGGCCGCGCUCGACGACGAUAUCCUCGAGGAGUUAGAGAACGAGGCGUGGGACACGGGCAUGGACGCGGAGAUGCAGGCCGGCUUCCUGGAGUUCCUCAAGAUCUCCAACCAGAUCAAGCGAUAACCGCCCGCGGCCCAGCGGCGCUAGUCUACGACAACAAAAAUGUAAAAAACAAUAUAAAACUACAAAAAGAUUCUAUCACGGUAGUUGCAAUGAAUCGUAUAUGUCUCGAAAAAUGAUAUUGCCAGUCGUGAAGGUAUUAAAACAUAUCCUUUAUGUAAAUAACAUAAAGAAAAACGCAUUAUAUAGGUAAUUGAAUAUGAACAAACUUACUCAAUGUGACAGAUUAUGAAACCCCUGUCUGAUUAAAACUUAUAUAUUUCAUUGUGACUACCAAAAUAUUCGAAUACAGCAGAUAUUAUGAGGAGUAAGCAAUUACUAUUCUGAAGAUAUUCUUGAAUUAUGAUCAUUGCUAGCAUUAAUGACUUUCAUAGCAAAAUUUCUUGCUAUUAUUUUUAUUGAUUGAAAUGGAAUGAGAGUUCAAAUUUCUAUAUUUUCGGUCCGUAAUAUGGUAAUUCGUAAGUAUUUCAACGAAACACCAUAUACAAUAAAAAAUGGUGUUACAUUGCCGAAAAAAAUAAACUACUUUAUCAAUUUCCAUGACACAUGUAGGUGUAUCUUGUUUCCUGUCUAAUUUUUACUGAAAUAUUAUUUCAACGCCCAUACCAUGAAGUUUUGCAUUGGCGACGGCAAUGAUUAUCAUAAUACAUUAUCUAUAAACAUCGCUAAACAUCUUGAGAGCAACAUGUAUCGUUUGGGUAAGUAAAAAAACAAGCUUUUAAUUUUAGUUAGAUUGCUUUCUCCUGGUAAACGCCGACUAUAGAUUCUAAUUGAUGUACUUUAUUUUGUGUGUAGAUUUAUUAGCGGUUAUUAUUAGAUUUGGUCUGGUAUCGGGAGAUGUGUUUACGUAUAAGAAUGAAACAAAUGCAUUUUAAAAGACUAUCCAAUUUGUCGCUUGUAUAUUUGAUCACUAUUAUUGAAUGUUUUAUUAAUAUAAUUUAUACGUAAACACAGCAGCUGCAACACAAUAAUAAAAUAUAUAGACUAAAUGUAAACAAGUUUUAUGUAGUUCUCUUAGUUUACUAAAUUUUAGGUAAAGCAACUAGCAAUCGUUACAUAUAGUUGUUGUUAAUCUUGUUGUCGUUCCUGCAACGGAAUAUUUUAAAGGCCAUAUUUGAGAGCCAUUUGUUUCUUGUUUACAUUUUGUCUAUCAAAUAAUAAUAUUUAGUGAUCUCAUAUUUUCUCCAUUUAUUUUUUCUAUUGAUGAAUAGAAUCAACAUUGGGCAAUUUAAUGACUUUCUUCACAUUUAAUAACACAUUAAAAAUGUCAGGACAAGUCGAACGUCAAAAAUAUGGAUUAUUGAUUAACGUACCAUAUACUUCCAUUCCAAUGAAUCCAUGCUAUACAAUGACACUUUAUUUUGAAUAUUGGAAGGCUGAUUUGAUUACAUUCAAAAGAUUUUUCUAAGGCAGGCCGAAAAAGUACUUUGCAGUAAUGACUUUUACCUACCUCCUCUCGGCUUCCAUUUAUUACGCAACGUCAACACGAUAUCGCUGAAAUAGAGCGACUGCGAGAGGCAGCUGUUAUGAGAAUGUGAGUUCAGUAAUCGCCUAUAAACUAGUAUCACGAGUAACACGAACGUUUACAAGUUGAAUGGCGAUAAUUUAUGUACAAAAAACGAAUAUAAAAUAUAAUAAUUCAUUCCAAAAUUUUCCGCCUGCCUUCGAAACAGUACAUGAAAUUGGCCUGAAUUUAAAAUUAUUGUAGCGCGGUUUUUAGUAAUCUCGAUGAUUUUUAGCAAUAUUUUUGAACAAUUUAUCCGGUAAUUUUAUUUUAGAUUACCUUCUAAUAUUGGUAGCACAAAGUUUCUUUCUUUGGUGCAUUACUUAAUUUUUAUGGAGAGUCAUAUUACAUAGGUCUGAAAUAGUAUUUACUGCGAUAAAUCUAAUCUGUUUAUUGUACAAUUCUAUGAAUUAUAAAAAAAAUAUUGAUUUUGUUUACUUCUGAGACGACAAGAACCGAGAAAUAAUUUGAUUACUCCGAUUUUUCGGUGGAGAAUUAAUUUAUUUUAAGAAUAAUGAGGUCACAUUUUACUUGUAUCUCAGUAAAUUUUAUUUUGGGCUAAAAUCUGGUUAGGUUACUAACGAUACCAGUGUGUAGUGAUCCCAAGUGAGUCAUUGGCAAUCGGCAAUGGCAACUAACAUUUAGAUAUUCAUAGGAUUUCAUUGCAGCAAAAACUGAGAGAUUUCACCAAAUUUAUUAAAUGCCAAAUUUAUUACAAUUUAUGUUGACUUUGUUGUGAUUAAAUACGCCUAUUCGAUAUGAGUGAGACAGAGAGUGAUAGUUGCCUUGAGUGCUAGAUAAUUUUAAUCAAUGACCUAAUUGCCAAUUUAAAUGAAUAAAUUGCACGAAAUGAGAAGAAUACAGAAAGAGUAGCUCAUGUAUAUAUUUCACAUAUUUUUAUACGCGCUCCUUCAGCCUUAGUCUCUGCCGACAUUUUGUACUCAGGGUCGUUCAUAAACUGACCUCUGUCCUGAAUGUAACUGGAAUACAAAAUGCAUGAAGCGUCAAAUCUGUAUUCUCUUUACUUUGUGUACGUAGGAAACUAUAGUGCUUUCAAAGUAUAAUACAUAGCAAUAAAUGUAAUGUAUCUACUACAGAUAUUAAAGCAUACAACUAAUUUUUGCUAAUAGUUCAAGUUAAUAAAAAUACAUUUUUGAUAUAUUUAUGCAAUACUGGAUUUAUUUAUUUGAAGCAAUUAGGAAAAUGUUUAUAAUAUUCCAUUGUAUUUUUGUUGCAGUGAUAUUAUGAAUGUUAUAAGAAUAAAUGGAUAUUUUAAUAAAAGUCAUUUAAAUAA